GUCAUUUCGUACUCAGUAAGCAAGACAUCUCCGUAUUCAAGAACAUCAUCUCAGAGUCUCGUCAAUAUGAAGUGGUUGGUGUGCGGUUUUCUGUUGUUGGUGAUUAUUGAGGGAUAUCAAUGUUCCUUUAACACAAACUUGCGAAAACUGUUUAAACCUGCGCUCCAGGACCGUGGAAGCAAACCUCAGUUUACGCUACCAACUAUCUAUAUUCCUGCGUACCCUCCUCUAUACAGUUACAACUUGUAUCCGCAUCCGCCUGUAAACCAACCGUUAUACGAUUACAACCAAUAUCCACACGCACCUGUAAACCAACCCCUAUAUGGUUACAACCAGUCCCCAUAUGGUUUCAACCAGUAUCCCCGAGCACCUGUCAACCAAUUCCUAUACGGUAGCAACCAAUAUCCUUAUGCUCCUGCAAACCAAUUCCCAUACGUUUACCAGUACCUGUUGCCACUGCCAGUACAGACAAAUGCCACGAAUGGCACAGCGACUUUAACGAAUAGCACUCCGUCUUCAACGAAUGCUACUCCGUCUUCAACGAAUGCUACUCCGUCUUCAACGAAUGCUACUCCAUCUAGAACAAAUAGUACAGGGUCUUCUUCGAAUGGCAUCCCACUUUCAACAAAUGGCACCAUGACUUCGACGGAGAAACCGCCUACAACGAAAGGUACACUAUCUACAAUGAAUGAUACAGGGGUUUCACCGAACGGCACCCUGAUUUCACCGAAUGGCACCCUGGCUCCAACGAAUGGCACACCAAACUCAGCACAAAAUUAAAAUACACCAAAGAGGGUUAACUUGCUUCAUUCUGGGGCAAAUAUGUUAUGAUUGUCUUAUUAAAAAAAAAUCUUGUGUCAAAUUUUAAAAUAUUAUUUCAAACAUUAAACUUUUACAUUUGUUUUUAACAAUACAGUUCUUGAUGCAUUCUUAGUUGU